AUGGCUCAGAUUUUGGCUCAGAUUUUGUUUUCUCCGACUAUUUCAGUUUCCAAGUCCCGAGAAUGGAUCUCAACGAAAGCCCAUGGUAUUUCACCUAUUGGAAAGUACUCCCCAGCAAAGAACAUGGCUUCCCAUAACAUCCCAUCUACUUUUGUUGUCGGAAAGGAUGCGAAGACUCUUCAGGCUUGUUACGGGAAGCCAGAUUAUGUUCACUAUGUUUCAACGUUUAAGGAGGCACCCUUAGAUGAGAUGGAUAACAGAAUAAAGGAAUUGGUUACAGAGAUCAAGGGUCUCUUUAAUUCGAUGGAAGAUGGAGAAAUAAGUCCCUCUGCAUACGAUACUGCGUGGGUAGCAAGAAUUUCUGCCAUUGAUGGCUCCGGUAAACCCCAGUUUCCUCAAAUGGUGGACUGGAUUCUUCACAAUCAGUUACCCGACGGUUCCUGGGGAGAGAAGCAUCGCUUUUUAGCGUGUGAUAGACUCCUUAAUACUCUUUCUUGUCUAGUUACUCUGGCCUUUUGGGGCAUUGGAAGCAAUCAAGUGAGCAGCGGUCUUUAUUUCUUAAGAAAAAAUACAGAAGGAAUGAUUAAAGAAGCAUUUGGUCAUCAUCAACCGAAGGGAUUCGAGAUGGUCUUUCCUGUACUGCUGAAUGAAGCCAAACUUUUGGGUUUGGAUUUUCCUUAUGACCUAUCUAUCAUCCAACAAAUGAGCGAAAAGUGGGACUCGCAAUUGAAAAAAGUAUCUGUUGAAAAGCUGCACAGCCAUCCCUCAACAAUGCUGCAGUGUCUGGAAGGCAUACAGGAAGUAGUCGAUUGGAAAAAUAUCCUGAAACUGCAAUCUAAGGACGGAUCUUUCUCAGGCUCGCCAGCAUCUACAGCUUGCGUAUUUAUGCACACAGGGGACAACAAAUGUCUACGAUUUUUGACAAGCCUUGUUAAAAAGUUUGUAGACCAUGUGCCGAGCAUGUAUCCGGUGGAUAUAGCGGAGCGUUUGAGAGCCGUGGAUAGUGUUGAACGUCUUGGGCUCGAAAGCCAUUUUCAAACGGAGACUAAACAAGCCAUGGACUAUGUGUUCCAGUACUGGAGUGAAAGAGGCAUUGGGUUUGGAAGGGAGAGUCUAGUUCCAGAUAUUGAUAUUACAGCCACUGCCUUCAGGCUUCUCAGAACAUUCGGCUACACUGUAUCUUCCGACGUCUUGCAAAAUAUGAAAGGCGAGGCAGAAGAACUUUGUAAGCUGUCUGCUAAUGAAAACAGCGCAGGAGUAAUCGCUAUGUUAAGCCUAUAUAAAUGCUCACAGCUUAACUUUCCGGGUGAAAAUGUAAUGAGAGAAAUAGGUGCUUCUGCAAAAGAUUACCUGACCAAAUCCCUGCAAACCGAGAACUUUUCUCACUCGAAGGCUGUCAAAGAAAACCUUUUCCAAGAGGUUGAAUAUGCUCUGUCUGCUCGAUGGAAUAGAAAUAUGCCAAGGCUGAUGGCUAGAAAUCACAUAGUAGCGUUUAAUCCCGAUGACCUAUGGCUGGGGAAGACAUUAUAUCGACUGCCAUAUGCGAGCAACGACAAGUAUUUAGAAUUGGCCAAACUCGAUUUCAACCGGAUUCAAGCUUCACACAGAUCUGAAAUACAACAUAUAAAGAGAUGGUACGAGGAUUGCAAUUUUCCGCAGUUGGAUUUUACUCGUCACAGAGAAGUGGCAGUUUACUGGACCUCUUCAGCGGUGAUGUUUGAACCACAAUACACCGCUUGUAGACUCGCUUAUGCAAAAGCCGGAAUCUUGGCUGUAAUCACAGACGACCUCUAUGACAACUAUGCAACUCUGCAUCAAGCCAAGCUCUUCAACGAAGCUUUGGAAAGAUGGGAUCCAUUGGUAAUCGAUCAACUACCAGAGGACAUGAAAAUAGUUUUCAUGGGCCUCUAUAAUACGUUGACCGAUAUAUCUGAACGAGCACAGGAGGUUCAAGGACGUGUCGAUGCACUUCCUUACCUGCGUCAACAGUGGUUGCAUCUGUUCUUCAGUUACACUAAAGAAAGAGAGUGGACGGAAAGAGGUUAUUCGCCAUCAUUAGAUGAGUAUAGAGAGAAUGCUGUAGUGUCGAUAGCACUGGGAGUAACUAUCCUGACUGCAAUAUUUUGUACGGGAGAGAUUCUUCCUGAUCAAAUUCUCGGGAAGGUAGAUUUUCGAGCCGACUUUCUCAAUGUCGUCAGUCUGACUGGACGUCUUAUGAACGACCUUAGAACGUUCCAGAGGGAAAGAGAUCUUGGAGAAUUGGCUUCAUUCCUACAAUGUUACAUAAAUGAGCACCCCGGAUGCACGGAAGAAGAGGCGUCCAAUUAUAUGCACGGAGUGAACGAACAUGCCCUCUGUAAAUUAAACUACCACUUUUUAAUGCGUGCAGACAUACCCAAGAGUUUUAGAACUCUUCUUUUCAACACGGCUAGGGUGAUGAACGUGGUUUACAGGAACGAAGACAGCCUUUCGAAUGCCGCGGAGGACCUUGAAGAUUCUAUUAAAAAGUCUCUGUACGAACCAGUGCUGUAAUAGACUACCUGUUAAUAAUUGAUGCUGCUGCUCGAUCAUGCAGCUCGAGCAUGGAGGACAAAAUUGCCAUUCACUGCCAUGCGAAGUUUCUGUUAGGCUAUUUUUAGAUUGCAGCAUCAGUUUUAAUGUUUUUAAGUUUAGUUAAGUUUUUAGAAACUUUGGUCUAUAAUUCCUACGAAUAAUGCAUGAUGUGCAUGCUAUGUUUGUUAGUGGUUUUUGUCCAUGCCAUUGGACAGUGAUCUAGCUGAUUAGAUAGCAGUCUUAGCU